CUGGUUACCUCUAUGCUUACGCUCGAUAUAAAAAAGGCUUUCGAUACCGUACUCCCAGGACGACUAGUCCGACGCCUCCGCUUACCCGUAUCUCCUAUUCUAUUUAUACUCUAUAUUAAACCUCUUUUCAAGCUAGGCACAGCUAGCCCAGGAAGGAAGCAAUCUCGUUUCGGCUACGCCAAUAACGUCGCUAUCUUAUUAAGCUUAAUAUUAUUAAAGAAUAACUAUAACAUCCUAACUAAGGAAUAG